AUGGCCGGCCUGACCAAACCCACCACCAUCAUCGAGGUGGAGGGCGACAAGAUCACUGUGAAGACCCAGAGCACCUUCAAGAACACGGAGAUCAGCUUCAAGCUGGGCGAGGAGUUUGACGAAACCACGGCGGACGACAGGCACGUCAAGUCCGUGGUCACGCUGGAUGGAGGCAAACUUGUUCACGUGCAGAAGUGGGAGGGGAAGGAGACAUCGCUGGUCCGGGAGCUGAAGGAUGGGAAAUUAAUCCUGACUCUGACCCUUGGCAACAUCGUCUCCACCCGCACCUACGAGAAGGCGACAUAG